UGCGCUGGUAUCGCAUCUAAAAGCGCUAUCUAGUGUUGAAAACGUUGUUAUUUAAAUGAAAAACUUUAGGUUCGUAUAAGAGUUUGGCUCCCCUGAUAAACUGCUAUAAGCAGAUUAAGGUUCAUCUGAAGCGUGUGGUGAUAUUUUCAUGUGACUUUUUUUAUUACAUUUGUAUUAUUUUCUCAUAUUAAAUGGACUAAAUAACAAUGCGUAAAACAAAGCUAAGUUCGUUGUUGUUUGUUAUUCUAUGUGCUGUAAUUAUACAAGUUAAUGCGAACAAUGAUCACCAAUUAACCAAACUUGGUGCAAAAACAGGACCAACAUUAAAAUUCUUUUAUUGUUAUUCGUGUGGAUACAGAAAAGUUUAUGAAGAAUAUGUUGGUAUUCUACGACAAAAGUAUCCAGACCUACAAAUUGAUGGAGAAAACUUUAAUCCUCCUGGAUAUAAUAUGUUGAUAGCCAAAAUUUUGGGAACAGCAAAAAUUUUGAUUAUACUUUUAAUCAUUAGUGGAAUUAAUAUAUUUCAACGACUGGGUCAGCCAGAACCAUCAUUAUGGCGAUGGUGCAUUGAUAAUCGCUUUUAUGCCUGUGUAAUGAUAUUUUUUAUUUGCAAUGCAAUAGAAGGUCAGCUCAUUUCAUCAGGUGCAUUUGAAAUACAUUUUAAUGAUGUUCCUGUGUGGUCAAAACUUGAAACAGGUAGAAUACCACAACCACCAGAAUUAUUCCAGAUAAUUGAAACUCAUCUGCAUAUGCAAUUUCCAGAUAUUGAUGUUGGAAAGAUUGGUUUUAAUAAGUAACAUUGUACUACUAUAAGUUUAUACUGCAUUCUUUUAAUUAUUUACAUUAUUGGGAAUUUGCCUUUGGCAGAAUAUAUGGUACACUUGAAUGAUUUGAAUUUAUUUGUAUGUAUUAAUAUUUCGUUAUAAAUGUCUCCUACUACUAGUACGCUAUGUAAGAUAGAGAGUAAAAAUCUAUAUAUCUAUAACAUUCUAAUUAAAUAGUUACCAAAGCGACAUUACAAUAGGAAUUAUAUUUACUAUUUUAAUGUAAACAUUAUAUUUCAACAUAAAUCUUUUAAAAAUCGUAUAUAUAUUCAUUCCUCAUUAUAUUCUUAUAAAGUUUAUAUUUGUUAAUAGUUCAAUUAGUAGUUAAAUAAGAUUAUCAUAAGACUGUUUAAGCACAGUUAUAGAAUGUCUUCUAGAUUCAUAAUCGUGACUUAAGACAAUCUUAAAAUCGCACCUUGAACAUUAUCUUAAUGUAAACAGUUUUUAAAUAAGACAGAUUAAUAUAACACAUUAUAAUGCAAAUAAGAUUAUCUUUGCUUUGUCAUCUCGAAGGAGUUCUGAAGGUGAUCUUAUUUGAAAUUGUAAUAAAAAUCUUUGGACAGUUAAAAAAAGUGAGCCUAUUCAAAAGGUCAUAAAUGAUACAUUCUUUAGAUACAACUUUGGUGUAUAUAGACUAAAGCAAAUAAAAGAACAAAGUACGUGUUCAAACUUUAAACUUAUAUGAAUAGAACAUCAUUUUCAAUAGAUCUGAAUCAUAGCAAAGAAUAGAUAUAGUCCUAAGAACUAUCGCUUUAUUCUUCAAUCUAGAACGCAUAAGAAUAUUUUCGAUUGCUCAGGUUCUCUACAAAUGUAUCAACAUACAAUUGAAAAAAAAAAGUAUACGAAUAAAAAACAGGAAACGCUAUUAAAUCUAAA